AUGAUCAACAACAAAUGGUGGUUUCCUGUACGACAGAAUGGAUAUCAUUAUGAAGAAAUUUAUCCCGAGAUUGUGUAUAUGUGUUGAUUUUCAACGGACAGCAUACUGAAUUUUGCUUCUUUAGAAGUUGAUUUAUGUAUCUGUAUGAUGUUGAGAUUAUCAAAUUUAACUUGAAACGGUACAACGGGUAAUGAAAGAUCCUACGUAUGUGGCUGUCUCGAUGAAUUCUCACGAUAUAACACAUAAAAACAUGAACCUGUCCAAAACCCUCCGGAAUUGGGAGGUGUUCCCAGGGAAGAACAAGUUCUGCUGUAAUGGCAGACUUAUGAUGGCCAGACAGACUGGCAUUUUUUACUUCACGUGCGCUUUAAUCAUUGUGACAUGCGGCCUAUUUUUCGGUUUCGAUUGCCCUUACCUGGCAGUCAAUGUCACCCCAGCCAUACCUGCGUUUGGGGCAGCAUUGUUCAUUUUUGUGAUGGCCACCUUAUUCCGCACCAGCUUCAGUGACCCUGGGGUCAUCCCCAGGGCAACCCCAGAUGAGGCUGCAGACACAGAGAAACAAAUUGAAAUCCCAAGCACAACAUCCCCGGGUACCUACAGGCCGCCUCCAAGGACCAAAGAAGUGGUCAUCAAAGGUCAAGUGGUCAAGCUCAAGUACUGCUUCACCUGUAAGAUAUUUAGGCCACCUCGGGCCUCCCACUGCAGUCUUUGUGACAACUGUGUUGAGCGGUUCGACCACCACUGCCCUUGGGUAGGAAACUGUGUGGGAAAGAGGAAUUAUCGCUACUUUUACUUGUUUAUACUGUCACUUUCCAUUCUGUGUAUCUACAUAUUUGCCUGUGUGCUAACACAUUUAAUUUUACGUUCACAGAAGGACAAUUUCCUCCACGCAAUGAGGGAUUCUCCAGCUAGUAUCGUGGAAGCCAUUAUCUGCUUCUUCUCGGUAUGGUCAAUCAUAGGCCUUGCAGGUUUCCAUACCUACCUUGCCUCCUCAGAACAGACAACCAAUGAGGAUAUCAAAGGAUCCUUCUCUGCUAAAAGGGGCCAGGAAAAUUUCAAUCCCUACAGCCAGGGGUCAAUAUUGAAAAACUGUUUAGUAGUGCUUUGUGGGCCAACUCCUCCAAGUUUGCUGGACAGGCGAGGUUUAGUGGUACCAGAAACCGUGGAGAUCCACGGCGGACUGAACGCGACGACUGGCAGGGAGAGUAACGCUGUCAACGUGAAGCAUGAGUAUUAUGGCUCAACCAAUGAAACAAAGACCAGCAAUGCGGGAACAAAUACAAACAGUGUGGGUCCAGAGCAGAUUUUCCACGGGAGUAGUAAUGGUGUCGGUCCUGUCACCAAACACAGCAUGAUAAGUUACCAGGGACCAGACGGCUCUAUAAACAACAGACUUCCCCCUAUCAAUGGUGGAAAGAAUCCCCUUUGGAAUAUGACUUUGACCCAACUCAAUUAUCAUGUGGAGUCCACCCCAGUUACACGGCUAGAGUCUACUCCUGGACCUGCUGUUGACGAUGUACAAACUGUCGUGUACACCCAUCCCCAACAGCCCAGCCUGAACAAUCAAUGGGACGCCAACAGCAGUGAGCAGCACCUCUUCCAAAAUGCUAGUAUCAACCAGCCUUCGAUGUGAUUUCUCCACCACUGUGUGACCACCUUUGUCUGAAGCCAUGACGAGCCUCCAUCGUCACUUGAUUAUACAUUGUGUACUUACGGAAGUCAGCCAGAAAUUGUCUGUCAAUUCAUAUCUACUUAAAAUACAACUCUUGAUUUCUGGUGAUAUUAUGUACAGUGGUACUCCUAUCAUUAUUAUCACUGAAUAUUAACUUAGAUUUCAUUAGAAUUUGAAUGUUUCACCAUUGAAGAUAAUUUGUCAGUGUUAUAACUGCCAGUUAUUCCAAGAUCAUGCUUUAAAGCACAUUAAUUUGUUGUCAAAAUUGUGUUUUCAAGUGUUCAAGAGGUAUUUUUGCCAUAAGCAUUUUUAAAGUGUCUACUUGUAGUAAUACAUCCUGGAUGUUGUGAGCCUAACUUGUACACAUGUCAGCUGAUUCCUGACAUGGCGACAUGCCUGUAUGUUCCCGGAGAGCCUAUCUUCCAUUAGAAUGAUGAAGGUUAUGGAGGACUUCUACAUUCUAUGUAUUAAUGAUUAUACAAUCAUGGUGUCAUGAAUGCCAUGUAAUUUAUUUACAUUACAUAUAUUACUUAUAGUAUCAUGUACUUUUUGGAUUUAAAACACUGUUUCAGUGUUGAUUCUUUUUGUAUUGUCUGUUCAUGUCAAUUAUUAUUUACUCAGCUGUUAUUUAUUCUGCCAGAUAUUUGUGAUGACAAGUAAAAAAGAAAGGAUUAAUAUUCACAUUAAGUUCAACCUUACAGUACUUCACCAGUGACCACAAAAUAUCCCUUUUUCUGAAAUAGUUAAUGCAAGUUUGGUGUAAUGCAUUUCCACAGUAAUAUCAGAAUGGAAGUUUUCAACACUGGAUACACUAUGUGGAACACAAACUAGAGAUAAAGAAACAUUAUCAUAAUAAGGAAUUAUUUGAGAAAUUUCUGGUAUUUAACAGUUUUACUUAAGAAAAUUGGUGCAAAAAGUUGAAACUAAUUAUAUAACAUCACUACCCAUUAAAAAUGUGCAUUUGCUAUUCUUUAAGAAAAGCAACAUAAGUGCUUGACCAGAUAUAAUGAAUAGAUAUCUUAAAUGCAACCUUCCAUUUCUCUUCCUAAGGGGAAAUAACUGGAUGGAGGUAAGGCAAAAGUGGUGCCACUUAGGGGAGGUAACUGGAGCUCAAUGAUAAACCAUGACCAGUGUUGAUUACUUGUAUUUCUCGGCGUUUUGUCACUAUUCAAUGUGUGUAAAAAGUUACUGCUUCAUAAAUUAUUCAACAAAUAAUGUGUCUUGGGGGGAGGGGGGAGUCCAGUGUUUUGAAUUGAGAAGGAAAUGUAUGGUACCAUUGCUGUAAUCCCGGAAAGGUACAUUUCUUCUACAUUAAAUCAGGGUUAUGUUCAGAACUUUUGCUGUAAGGUAGAAGCAUAUGAAGUAAGAGAAACACAUCAGAUUCCAUGGUCAGUGACCAUAUCUUGCCUGGGGCUUCUUUUAAAUAUAUUUUUUAAUCGGGGGCGUCUGAUUUGAUAAAAAAUAAAAUUAAAAUGUCAAUAUCUGGUCAGAUGCAUGUUAAACUUGCUAAAGUCAUCAAAAUCAAGUUGAGUUUACUUCAGUUACCAGAUAUGUAGGAUCAGAGCUUACAUAGAAUACCAGAUGAAACAUGCAGAGUUUACAUCGAUAACAUACCCACCUUUCCACUCUUUUAAAUACUUGUUUUUGUCUAAAUAAAAGUCAGUGUGGUUUUAUAUUUUUUCCCUUGGGACGAGUUGUUAUUCCAAAUUUAGCAACAGAUUUUUAAGUUUUGAAAUGAGUGAAUUUUUGUAAAUGUACUGCAGGUCUAUAAAAGGGAUGGUAGUUUGGCGCUUGUUUCUAGGCUAUUUAGGCCUUUAUAUUAGAGGUUAUGGCAAGACAGUGAUGGAAUGAGUUUAUGAAAUAUGAAUAUUGUGAUAUUUCUUAUAUGUCAUUAUUUUCUUGGACUUGUAUUUUGUUUCAUAAAAUAUGAUACAUCAAUAUAUUUUCUUUUUUAUACUUUUUUGUGAUCAAUUUUUUAUCUAGUUACGCACGUGUGUAUGUAACUUUGGGAAUCAUGGCAAAUAUUUUGUUUGCAUGGAAAAUAAUAAAUUAUAAUCAUGGUCUUUUGCAUUGUUCAUAGGAGAUGCUUGUGUGGUUUUUUAUGUUCAUUGUCUAAAAAAAGUAUUGAAAUCCCUCACCUUUUCAAUGUUUAGUUUGAGGAAGGUACUUAUGAUAUUGAUUAACAGCUUCAAGGUGGGUUGUUUUAUGUUCAUAGAGUUACGGUAUGGUGAAAAACAAUAUUUAAAGCUUUUUGCAUUACUGAAAUUUUUGACAUCUAUAAAAUCUGUUUUAGUCUUCACAAUAGUGAAUUAAAAAAUAGUUGACAUUUUCUUCAUCUCGACAAAUCUUGCUCUUGUCCUGGAUAGUUCUGUUUGAUAGCUUCAAGACAGUCAGUAUAUUGUCAGCCAAUAUCUGUAUCAUGUGCUUACCAUUGUUGUUCCCUGUGUGUAGUCAUUGUGUUGAUAAAUUGCUCAUAUUCAGAUCAUUGCAGAACGGUUCCGUUGUAGAACGGACACUAGCUGUAUUGGCUCACCGAGGCUGUUAUUAAGUGUGACAUACCACUGUAGAUGGUAUGGUGAUAGUUACUGUUUAUGUGAUCAUUAUUUUCCCAUAAUGCCACAUGUUGUGUAAAUGUAUGUCUGGUGAUACAAUGUAUAAUUUUCUCAGUUCUUUGAUUACCUUCUAUAGAAGUAGGACUUUGUAUGCUAUCUGUGGUUAAAAGACUGAUCAUACCCUGUACAACUUAUCAUAGUAUACUUGUUUGUCUGUUAUACAAAUCAGUUUGACCCAUCUAGCAUGUCCAUCUAAUCACAACUGCUGUUGUAAACACGUCACAUGAUGGUCAAGCUUUGUAUUGUUUUAUUUAAUUAAUUGUAUCUAGUCUAUAAUCAUUCAAACCCCAGUCUUAAUUGGUUCGUGGGAAGAAAAACAUAAUUUCAGGGCUAAUGACAGAGAAAAUAUGAAUGAAAAUGCUUCACUUCCAGAAUAUUACAAUCUUUUUUUCAAAAUCUAAAUCAACACAUUUUAACGGUAUCUGUAUAAUUUAACAUCUUUUGUAAAGAAAGUUACUGGAUCUCUCCCCAGAUGGUGUCAGAUUGAACAGGCUUUGGACAUAUCUGGUAAUAACGUUUGAUUUCAUAAAAACGUAAAUGUUGAUUAGUCAAAUUGUAUUAAAAGUGCAAUGUUAAUUCACAUGAUUGUAUAAUUAGAAAUAAAGUGUUUUUCAACUUCAGUAUUUUAUCCCGAUAACUCAUCGUAAUUGAGACCAAUGAUUAAUGGAAAUGCAGGGUAUUGUUCAUCAGUAAUUGAAUGUUUGAGUGAAAUUUUAACAAUUUUAUCAUCACCAACCUGAAUGAAAGGGUAUUAGUUCUACCUUGUUCAAUUGAUGUGGUUUUUUUCGAAAUCAUAAUACCAUCAAUACGUGGUGAUUAUUUGUAAAUAAAGUGGCUUAAUUUUUUUCACGUUUGACGUGUGUAAUUAUUCAACUUUUUAUUUCUGUAAAUAAUUAUCUAACUGGAUGUUGUAAAAGUCAUAAAAAUCUAUAUAUGAAGCAUGCUUAAUGAUAGACAAAACAUCAUAGAUUUUGCCAAGGUUUAAAUACACACAUCAUAAGUAUUGCAGUGCCAGAAGUAAUAUCGUAAUAGAAUUAAUUAGGCUUUUAUUAUUUAAUAGAAUGUUUUCUUAGAAAGGUAUACUUGUCACUAUGAUAUGGGACAGAACAUACUAAAUAUUCUUUUAUUUUCUUCAAUACAGUGUUCAGCAAAUUUAUUGAAAUUUUGAAUUGAUUGACAAAACAUUCCAUUCGGAAGAAUAAUUCGACAGGUAUUGAUUUUCUGAAACCAUCAAGACAUCUCAUGCAGACAAUAUUGUCAGUAGAGUCUGUUACGAUCUUUAACAUACUCUAUUCAGUAGUGCCUAACGUUACCAGACGUCUCAAAUCCUGUAGAUUAGUGUCUAUAUUAGUACAAGGCUGUAAAAUAAUUAUGGGCUUGAAAUAAUCCUUCGUUAGUAAGCAAAAUCUAGGUUUUUAAGUGUAUGCCUAUGGUAGGAUACUGCUCUACUUUUUCACAUUACUUUGCUGUAAAAUUAAUUAAUUGAAUAUCCAUUCAUCUGUAUAAGUAAAUUGUAAUUUGGAUACAUAUUCAAGAGUUGUUCAUUAUAUUAUUACAUGUCGUUGAUAUCAGAAAUUUUUUACUUGAAAUUUCCUCAAUAUAUAUACUCCAAAUAUUGACAUUUUAAACAAUUAAAUCAAAAAUAAAAAGUCGAAUUUAUCCUAGGUUUACAGUAUAUUAAAGAAAGGAUUCAUAGAUCAUUUGACUAUUACCUAGAUGAUGAAUAUGGAUUUUAGCUCAUCUAUCAGAAUAUAUUGUGAUAAAAUGGAGCCAUAUUCCAUGUCAGAUUUGUAGUGGUAAGUGUUAUCAGAUUUUAAUAUACCAUAUCAAGGUGUUUUUCUGUAAAAACGAAAACUAAUCAAAAGAAAUUGUUGCAAGUAUAUCAUGUAUCAGUUUUGUAUAUAUAUAUAUAUAUAUAUAUAUAUGACAAAGAAUUUAAUGAAAAUUAUAAUUUUGAAGGUAACUGAAAUAUCCGGCUUAAACUGUGAUGAAACAGUUAAUUGAUUGGUAGAUUUUGAGGAAAUAUAAUAUAUAUCAAACAAAGACAAUAUGAAAUUUUAUAUAUUUAGAGUUAUUUCCCCUCCAUCAUAUUCCUACGUCGUUAAUCCUAUGUAAUUAUCUUAGUAUUCAUGACCAGAGUUCCACACCAAUAAUUGUAUGUUGACAAUGAUUUUAUAUCUCACUCCUAUUUUACUAAAGCCCCUUCCUUACAUGGGUAUUCACCUUAAUCACCCGUCAUUGUCUUCUAUCAUAUAAUACAAUAUUUGUGUACAUAUGGAUGUGUUUAGCAUGGACAUCCUUUGUGGAUCAUUAUACCGCUAAAUAUUGUAAAAUGUUUUCAUCGUUUUGAUUUAGAGCAAAAUAAUUACCUGAACGUGAUUGGAACUUUCAUCAUUUAAUUAUCGGAAAUAAAGGGGCAACUUUUCCUAUUAUGUUCGAACUUGUUUGAAAUGGUAUAUACAUAUAACGGAAGAAAGAAAAGGUAAUAUAUGGAAAUUAUCAAGAAAUUAUUAAAAUUCAUACAUAUUAUCACAAAAAAAAAGAAAAAAAUAUCGCAAAAUAUUUAUUUAACCGAAUUGUUGUACUUGGAUUGUUUGAUUGGUUUCUUUGAUUAGAAAAUAUAAUCGGGAAGUUAAUUUACAAAAUAAAGCAUUAUGACAUUGAAAACAAAUGAACAAAUUGCAUGUUAACGAGACAUUAUUGACAUCAUAUGAUGAUGAAACACAACAAUAACAUAUUGGAUUAUCCUGGUGAUAUUUAAUGUUACCUACCUUGAUCUGAAAGGAGCCUUGACCCUUGGUGAUACUGAUAUAUCCCUCUUUAGUAAACCUGGCGUUUAGAUCCAGUCUAGAACAAUACAAGUUAUAAACGUCAGGUAAGGUCAAUAGUUAUAUAUUUACAGCAUACUUGUCAGAUUAAAAGUCUGGUUAAUGGUAUCUAAACUUGGUUGUGUCCUAGCAGUCUAAGGUAAGAGUAAACGAUUUAUAUUUUCAUAAUUAUUAAAAAUGGAAAAAGCUCAUCCUGGAAUCAAAAGGAACACCCUCAGAGAUAACAGCCAAACAAUGGUUUCUGUACGUUUUAUAAAAACAUUGAAUUUGUUCGACUUGCUUUAGCCAGAUAAGCAUAUGUAAAGAUAAGUUUAAGUGACUUUUACUGGGAAGAUAUUCAAAAACAUUCGAAAUGUAUGUAUCAAAAUCUGCCAUCAUUUUCCCGUCUAUGGUCACCAAGAGAUAUUUCCAAGUCUUUUCACGUAACAAUCUGCAAUUGAAAAACAAGAAAAUACAUCAGUGUAUAUCAUUAAAGAUUUCAAGGCGGAGAAUGCAAUUUUAAUGAACACCUUGAAAGGUUACAAAUCUAUUUAGAACAAGACUGAGAGAAUUAAGUAUUCGGCUACUAGAACUUAAAUUAUACUACUCUGAAGUCACUGUGUUGAUUCUGAUGACGUCAGAAUGAUACUAGAUUGUUUUUGUGUGAUGAUAUGCUUUGUGUCAUUAGAUAUGUUAUCAGCUGCGAAACUGGCGCCUAUGUCAGCCCACGUUAGAAGGUACAGAGUCUAACUGUUGUUUGAUGAUGGUGACUGUUCUCCGUGACUAUAUAUAUAUCCACGUGCCCGUGGCUUGUCGUAAUUCCACUGUCAGAAGUCAUCUUGUGAUCAGUAAAUGUUUGUGUAAACUGCAUCUCUACUGGCAUUGAAUGAAAUAAACAUGAUUUAUAAAAACAAAA